CCCCGUCGAAAAAUUGAUCCGCCGCUUUCUUGUUCUUCCUCUCGCUCAGGCUUUCGUAGCUUCCCACCCGUUAUUUCCCCGGCCACCACCCACCACCACCCUUUCUCCCUCCCCCCAAACCAUUCCUCCUCUCCCUUUUCUUCGGAUCUGGGCCCUUCGGUAAAUAGAGUGACGCUCGCUCUAUUGCCCUCGCCAGUUCCAGCCCGUCUGCAGCGUCGGUCUCGCGCAGCCCGACCAGCACACACCCGGCCGCAAUGGCCUCGCAAUCGGUGUCGAGGAAACCCUUCCAGAAGAUCCUGGACCCGACCAAGAUCGGGACCUGGAACAUCGUCCGUCGCCCACCAAUUGAGAACCACAGCAUCAUCCAGGGCAAGCCGCGGGAGCAGAACUCCAAUGCCUUCAAGGAACACCAGGCCAAGGAGGGCACCCGGUUACGGAAGGCCUUGAAGGCCAUGACCCAUGGCAAGAACAUCUUCGCCUACCACAACCUUCGCACAAACCAAGUCGUCUAUUCACUGACACGGUAUCUGGAAAUGAUGAACACCUUAAAGCAAAUGAUAUACCAUGGCAAGAAGACCGUCCCCGCACGUCUCCGCAAGGACAUGUGGGUUCCCUUUUACUCGGUGCACUUCAACGAUAGCAAGAUCGGACUGCGGGCGUACCACUUGCUCCGCGAAUUCUCGGCGCAGCGUCAACUAUCCCCGCCCCGGGAGAUGAUCACGAUCACGCAAGAAUGGAUCGAUCGGAGUUGUCCCCGCGAUCCCGAAGGCGCCAAGAAGUUCCUUGAAAAGUACGAGAAGCAGAUCGGGAACAAGAUGCCGAAGAAACACCGCGCUCGGGCCGUGAUGGAUCAGAAGGCCACCAGUGUGGCCGAUAUCGCAGCCGUCCUGGAGAUCCAGGAGGAGGAGAUCAAGAACGGCUUUGCCGACGGAAAGAGAGGUUACUUGACCCCCACGGCGAGAAAGCGCCGCAGGGCGGCUCGCAUCCACGAGCAGGAGGUUGCCGUGGCGCAGGCUGCACGGGUGGCCGAUCUCGAACGCCUCAUGAGCAACUCCCAGGUUGAGUACAAGAUCCAGGAAUCGACCGAGAACACCGCCACGCUGGCCGACGACCAGGUGAAGAUUCUCUGGCGGGAUAUCCACGAUGCCCGGCUGGCCGAGAAAUGGACGGACCGCGUCCGUCACGGCGAGUUGGAUCUGAGCCGCGACCACGUCAUGCCCGGUCCGUCCAAGAAGUACGACGCCAACAUCAUCGUGUCCGAUGAGUUCAAGGAGAAGAACUCGACCGAGGCCAAGCCUACCGAGGAGAAGCCCGCCGAGAACUAAAAAAGGGCAGCGAGGUGUCGUCUCGUGCCCAUGUCGUGCCGUGUAUUGUACUGUACGUCGGGUUU